UCAGUAUUACUCCGACAACGUAACAGUACGCAUAGUUAAUUUAUUUUAGUAUUUAUUAUAAUAAAAUUUACCUUAAAAUUUGCAUCGGUGAAGAAGUGAAGUGUUGUUAACAGUGAAGUGAUAAAAUAAUAAAACCAUGCAGUGGACUUUUACCUGUGUCCUACUGGCAAGCUGCGCCGUAAUAUCUGCUUCAGACCAUGGAGUCAGGUCAAAAAGAGAUUUGUCAUUCAUAAAAAGGUAUUUUAUGUCAAAAAUACUUGGACAUCAUGCUGCCAACACGACAAAAAUAGUAAAUCCAUCAGAAAACUACAGAUUAUUCAGAAUACCAGGGCAUGAUAAAAUUCUGGUCAAAGCUGUACCGAAGAUUCCAGUGGUUUUUGAUACAGAAGCUGCAUAUCCUGCUGUCUCAGAAGUUAUAGAAACAGAGUCUGUACCAGUACAUCCCAGCAUAGCAAUUGUCAGCAAGUACUUGGGUACUAGUCAAUUGAACGAUACCCUGUUUGCACUAAAAGGGGUGAAGAAUUUACUGCAGUCUGGAGUUUUGACUGCACAAAGGGAAGGAAUCGACCAAAUAUCUACUUUCAAAGAAGAAUUAUUGCAACCCGUGUUAGUGGAAUCAUCUAAUAUAGCUGUGGGUUAUAAUAAGAGACCAGUUAUGGUUUACCCUACGCUCGGAGAAACGCUAAUAGGAAAAAUCACACCAGGACACCGAUACCCUAAUAUAAAAGUGCCGACCCAUUAUUCAUACAAACAAGUGAACAAAGGUGGAGUUACGUCAUACACAGCGCAUGACAGUCAGAACGUGCUAGUUACAGAGAUUAAAAGGCCAGUACCUUUACCUGCUCCAGUCAACCAUAGGAUUUGGGAAAUUCUGUCCCUGGGAUCAUAUCGCCUGCCCACUUCGCCUGUCGUCCGACCUGUAAUUGGUAUGGAAAAAGAUGAACUCCCGCCUGUUAAUAUGGUGCCUGGUUACCACUCCAAUCAUCUGUAUCACGAAGGUUCAGGAACAAUGCAUUCGGCGCAAAUGGUGCUACAAGUAGAAGAUGACACCCCAGUAGUAAUUGAGAAAGUGACUAAGCCAGUCGUAUCAAAAGUAGAAGGCGUUUAUAAAGUACAUGGCUCAACUCACAAAGUAAAAUUGCCUUCACACAGUUCUGGGUACUCGUACAAUCAAGUGCAUAAUGAUGGGUCAGUGACAAUGUACUCUGGAUCAGGAAAAAUAGUGGAACAUGAAGGAGAAAAAUCUACUAUAGUUAUGACUGAACCUGGAAGACCAACUUUAGUCGUACCUAGUGUAGAAAGACCUCCAGCACCAAUUCCUGUGUAUAAUCUACCAAAAAUAAAAGCUGGAGGGUCCAGUGCAGGCUACUCUUACAACCAUGUUCAUAACGAUGGGUCUAAGACCACCUAUUUUGGAUCAGGACAUGUAGUUGAAAACAAAGUAGAAAGGCCAGCUGUUGUUAUUACUGAACCUGGAAGACCAACUGUAUUUGUUCCUGAUGUCGACAGACCAGCUUUUAUUCCUGUUUAUAACAGGCACACAGUACAAGGGUCCACUGGUUCUGGGUUCUCGUACAAUCAAGUGCACAAUGAUGGAUCAGUGACGACAUACUCUGGAUCUGGAAACGUAGUGGAACACAUGGAAGAAAAACCUGCCAUGGUUAUCACGGAACCUGGAAGACCGACUAUAGUCGUGGCUGACAUGGAAAGACCCCCAGCAUCAAUCCCUGUCUACAAUUUACCCAAGGUAGAAACACCCUCCAGCUCAGGAUAUUCUUACAGUCACGUUCAUAACGACGGAUCUAUGACAACGUAUGCUGGAUCAGGGCAUGUAGUUGAACAUGUAGAAAAAAAUCCUGCUAUGGUUAUCACGGAACCUGGGAGACCGACUGUUGUCGUGGCUGACAUGGAAAGACCUCCAGCAGUCUACAAUGUACCAAAAGUGAAAAUACCUUCUGGCUCAGGAUAUAGUUAUAACCAUGUUCAUAACGAUGGGUUUGUGACCACUUAUUUGGGAUCAGGACAUGUUAAACAUGUAGGAGAAAAACCUGCUAUGGUUAUCACAGAGCCUGGAAGACCAACUGUUGUUAUGGCUGACGUCGAAGGACCUCCAGCUCCUAUUCCAGUCUACAAUUUACCCAAGGUGAAAGUACCCUCCAACUCAGGAUAUGCUUACAGCCAUGUCCAUAAUGAUGGGCUUAUAACCACAUAUGCUGGAUCAGGGCAUAUGGUUGAACAUCUAGGAGUGCAGCCACCGGUUGUUAUCACAGAACCUGGAAGACCGACUGUAGUUGUGGCUGACGUACAAGGACCCCCAGCACCAAUCCCUGCCUACAAUUUACCCAAGGUGGAAGCACCCUCUAGCUCAGGAUAUUCUUACAGUCACGUUCAUAACGACGGGUCUAUGACUACGUAUGCUGGAUCAGGGCAUGUGGUUGAACAUGAAGGAGAAAUGCCACCUGUUGUCAUCACAGAACCUGGGAGACCGACUGUAGUCGUGGCUGACGUAGAAAGGCCUCCAGUAAUGGUCCCUGUCUACAAUUCACCGAAGGUAAAGGCACCCUCUGGUUCCGGAUAUUCUUACAGCCACGUUCAUAACGACGGAUCUAUGACUACGUAUAAUGGGUCAGGGCAUGUAGUUGAACAUGAAGGAGAAAUACCGCCUGUUGUCAUCACAGAACCUGGAAGACCAACUGUAGUCGUGGAUGACGUAGAAAGGCCUCCAGUAAUGGUCCCUGUCUAUAAUUCACCGAGGGUAAAGGCACCCUCUGGUUCCGGAUUUUCUUACGAUCAUGUUCAUAAUGAUGGCUCAGUUACAACGUACUCUGGAACAGGACAAGUAGUCGAACACGAAGAAAAAAAAUCUGGAGUUGUGAUCUCUGCAUAUGGAAAACCAACUGUAGUCAUGGCUGGCGCAGAAGGACUACCAGCACCAAUGCCAGACUAUAAUUUACCAAACGCACCGUCUGGCUCAGGGUAUACUUACAACCAUGUUCAUAAUGAUGGUUUUAUGACCACUUAUUCUGGAUCGGGACGUGUUGAUCACGUAGGAGAAAAACCAGCCAUGGUUAUCACGGAACCUGGAAGACCAACUGUCGUCGUGGCUGAUGUAGAAGGACCCCCGGCACCAAUUCCUGCCUACAAUUUACCCAAGGUAAAGGCACCCUCUGGUUCCGGUUUCUUUUACAAUCACGUUCAUAAUGAUGGCUCAGUUACCACUUACUCUGGAUCAGGGAAUGUAGUUGAACAUGAAGGAGAAAGGCCACCUGUUGUUAUUACAGAACCUGGAAGACCGACUGUAGUUGUAGCUGACGUAGAAGGGCCACCAGCACCGAUGCCUGUCUACAAUUUACCAAAAGCACCGUCUGGCUCAGGGUACUUUUAUGACCAUGUACGGAAUGACGGUUUAAUAACCACGUAUACGGGAUCAGGAAAGGUAAAUGAACACAGAGGAGAAAGACCAGCGGCUGUCUUUACUGAACCUGGAAGGCCAACUGUGGUUGUGUCUGGUGUGGACGGACAUGCAGCCCCGAUACCAGUUUACAAUGCGCCGAAGGCACAAACAGGUUACUCCUAUAGUCAUAUGAAUAAUGACGCUUUUAUGAAAAAUAACUAUAAUCAGAUUAACACUUUAAUAGUAGAAGAAAGACCAGAGCACAUGUACAAAUAUGAACAUGUAAGGAAUAGUUAUGAAAUGCCACAGCGACCACAUAUCAGAGAACAAGUGAAAGUUAAUGUCAAUUCUCAAAAUGAAAAUUCUAGACCUUCUCCUAGUUCUCAUACAGGUUUCUCUUACAAGACAGUGCAUGAAGACGGCAGCGUGACCGAUUAUUCCGAUGUCAAAGUUACUGAUGGUGCUAAGCUCGAUAGACCAAUGCUGUAUCCCACCGGGCCAGCAGAAACUCAUCAACAUGACAAAGGACAUUCUGCAGUAGCUGAGAAAUGCAAAAAUCGCACCCGUGGCGGAGUAAGUAAAAAUUGUAAGUCGCACUCAGUUGCCGUCAGUUCGAAUUCAAGCCAUUAUUCGUACAAAACGGUGAGUCAAGAUGGAUCUACAUCAUAUUCUGGCUCGGGACAUGUACAAGUUGAAAGUGCCAAAUUUGAUACUGCAGCACACGACAAGGAAGUAAGUUCAUCAAUAGUCAACGCUCCUUUAUUGGUAACGCAAACUGAUGAUGAUAGUCCACAAAAAGUUACAUUCACACCUAUUCUGUCAAAAUUCUCGUACAAACAGGUAAAUAACCACAAACCAGAUGAUUUCCAAGAUGAAAAAGUCAAUAACGUCAUCAGUGCUAUAAAUAGGACAUCCGAAUCGCAAAGUAUAGAUGUUUCUGAAGCGCCAAAAGACGUAUAUGUGACGCCACCUGAAGUCAAUGAGCCAGUGCCAAUAAAGAAGCCAGUACAAGAAACAAUUAAUACUACAAAGAAGACUGUAGCGGUACCUUAUACAACAAGAAAGUCGGUUGCGGUAUCUACGAGUACCAAAUCCAGCCACUUUAAGCCAAAACGAGUGUACAGAAAACGGGUCAGGACUUCAACGUCACGAUCAAGCUUAAGAACCUCAGUUCCUGAGACCACUACACCUCAAGAAUCAUCCAGUACUGCUGUGACAACUGAAGGAUCAUUGAGUGCCAAUCCAAUUGUUGUUCUACCUGAAGAAGAGAAGGUAUUCCCAUUCAAACAAGAAAGGUCAGAUGGCUCUUCUAUAACAGUCGUUGGUGACAAAGAUAACAAGGUUUCAGCCGUUCUAGAAGAAUCCAAAACUUCGCUAGACAGAGGUGAUAUCCCGGAAUCUUCAUUUUGAAGUAAAAAAAAAA